GCUCGUACUCCGGAGUCUCAUGGGCGAAGCAGACCCGUGGAGCUUCUCGUACGGAUACUGGUAUGCCUUCUCCAUGGGAAUUCUGGCCUUGGGCUUCGGCAUGGGCAUCUACGUUCCGAGCCUCUUGCCCUGCGCGGGCAUGUUCUUCGCCAUCCGCUACUGGGUCGAUCGCUACAACAUCACCAGCCGAGCCUAUGGGUUGGGUGUGGAGAGCUUGGGGAGCUUCUCCAGAUCCGUUCAACGGAUGCUCAAGAUGACCGUAUCCGUGUGGUGGAUUGGAAUCGGAUCUGGCGUGCUGCUCUACAUGCACACCUUCUUUGAGAACGAGUGGGACUCGCCCGUGCCGCGGGUGGUGGUCAAGGGCUUGGCGAGCUCCCUCACAGUGCUUGGUGUUCUCAUCGUGCCGGUGGUGGUGAUCUGCGACGCUGGGAAGAGUGCAGGUCUUCCCAUGGAAGUGAGCGGCUUCGAUGGGCCCCACUCGCCGAAGCCUCCGGUGUGGGAUCGGAGCCUCACCACCGUCUUUGGCGAACUGCAUCUCCCCGGGACCACACCCAGAAGCCGGGGCUCUUCGCAAGAAGGAGCCAUAGACUCCAUCAACAGCGAGACUUUCGGCUACCAGCACAAGGCGCUUCAACCAAAGGACUGGGAUGUCCGGUUCUUCCUGAAGCUGCGCCAAGCCGACCGAGACCGAGACCGGAGGUCGAGCAACCUCUAA